AUGCCGAAGGCUAAGGAGCUGGUGGGGAGCAGCAGCUCGGAGAGUGGCCCUGAGGAGGAGGGCCAGAAAAGAAAGAAAGAAAUGUCUUCCAAGCCAGAGAAAAGGCCAAAAGCAGAGGCCAGGCCUUCGAAGGUGGCAGGAAAGCCUCAGGGACAAGACAGCGAAGAGGAGGGCAUGUUCCAGAUUGGGAAGAUGCGCUAUGUCAGGGUGUCCUGCUUCAAGGGGAAGGUCCUUGUGGACAUCAGGGAGUUCUACGUGGAUAAGGAGGGAGACACCAAGCCAGGGAGAAAAGGGAUUGCCCUGUCUGCAGAACAGUGGAACCAGCUGAAGGAGGUCAUUCCUGAGAUCGAUGCUGCAGUCAAGAAAUUCUAA